CAACGAAAAUCCUCUUGAUGUCUUAUUCCAGGAAGUUUAGUAACAAAUAAUGCCUGCAGAUAGACUAUACUAUGUUUUAGCCUGCCUGCUGGCUAGCUACUAUGUUAUGUUAUGUUGUAAAAUAAACACCUGCUAAGGUAUAUCUAUCUAUAUUUUAGCAUGGCUUUCUCAAUAAAUUGUCUUUCCUUA